AUGGCAGCCAACAUGGUGAAGAAGGGGAUGAACGAAAAGCCUGGCCGUGACAAGGCGACUCAACAGCGCGGAUAUAUGUUCGGCCUCAAAGCCACUCACACCCUGGAAAUUGGAGUGGCCUGCCAUUACCGGGGCCACUAUAUAUACGCAUAUCCGUCCAGCGUGCCGAUCGACCCAAUCCUAUUUGCCACAAAAACAGGGGUCAAUGUUGCAGGCAUAAAACGAAGUUGCGCGUCAGCUCAUGACCCGUGUGAUUCGGGUUUGGUAGAUAAGAGCAGAAUUCACGCACUGGAGCGAUCCUGUUUUCAUGAGCGGGAGGUCCAGAGGGAGCAUAUGAAGAAGAUGAAGAAGAGGAGGUUGGACAUGAAGGACGAAGCUGUCCAAGCAGCGUACGAGAGGAUAUCGGACAUGGUACAGAGGCUUCUUGAUCCUAAACACUCCCAGUUUUGGGAGCAGCCUUUGGGCAACGGGUUAUACCUGAUGCAGCUACGCAAAGUGUUCCACCUCCUAGUCCGACUUAAUGCGAAAUCUGGGUUCGAGUACAAGCACGCUUCUAUUCUCUUUACACGCGACAAUAUUGUCGUCGAGAACAGUAACGACACCAAGUCCGCCAACAACAGCGAGCGGACUGAUGAUACCGAGAACGGUGUCUUAGUUGAGUUCAUCGAGCCGGAAAACCCUGUAUUUCAGCAGCGCGCUACAUCUGUACUGUUUGCAUCAGCGCAGGAAAAGCUUAGUCGUCUCCCCAGCCCAACACUGGAUGAACAGCAACGAAAUAUAUACAUUGAUAGAAGCGAUAUCGCGAUAUGGAGCGCUGGCGGCGGCUGCGGCUUGCAGAGCGAUUUUUCCUCCUGUGACGAAAUCGAAGGACCUGUGCGGAGGAGGCCAAGAGUCCAGACUCGAGGAGAGGGGGCACCUCUCGUAGCGAUUGACACUAACAGCUGCGACUGCAGGGAGCGGAAGAGCCAACUCCCCACUGCAUUCGUGGGCUCAAGGGCGACCGCAGAAGAAUACGAAGCGGCUCUAACCACCAUUCCUGCAGCACGUCGCUGCGAUCCUCGUCUGCCAGGCCAGACAGGUCCUUGA